UUCUCUAAUGUCUUUCAUAUCUUCACAUAUUUGUUUCCAUACAUCAAGUCUCAAGUAGGCCUAUGGUAGUAAGCUAUCAAAGUCAAUUCAAUUCAACUAUAUAUUGAGUUACAUAUAUAACUUGGUAUAAUAAUUCUAUACGUACUACAUUACUUCUCUCUUAUAGCAGCCUAUACUGGAUAUUUUCUCAUAUUGCGAUAGAGUAUUCAGAUAAGAUAUAUACCGUAUGUUGAUAUUGAAAUAUUUUCAAAAUAGGCCUACGUGACUACCUAUUCUUGGUUACUGGACGCAAUAAUCAGUGAUAAAAAGACAGUAUAAGAGUGAGGAUGAAAAUAUUAUGAAAAAGAAUUGGAAACAAUUCUUUUUCAGAAAAAAUAUGAUCAAUAAUAUUAUAAUUUAUUAGGUUGGAAUACAUUAUUCUACUUCAAUUGAAUAAGUCUGUUUAUUGAAAAGUAAAUAAUCUCGUCUCAAGAACUCAAUGCAAUUAUCAAACUCUUUCCAUUUGGCCUAUUGGCUUUAUCGUAAUGCUCCUCCAGAGAUUCUAUCAAUUAUUAGUGAGGGGUGUAGCAUCGCCGUCUAUAAGCGCGGAGUGAGCAGGUGGCUUCUCAGUAUUCUAUCAGAAUAACAUAUAUUGGCCCGGCGGCUGCAGAGGCUCUGUUGCGGUUCCCUUAUGCCUAGUAAUUUGCUCCUAAUAGUCCGUCCUUACUUAUUUGAUUUGUUCAGUUUUUCUUUCCCUUCAAGGGAAGGAUCAUUAAUACUUCUCAAUGUUCAAGUAUUAAAAAGCGGAAUCAUCACUCAUCCGUGUAAAAAGUUCUUCUUCGCCGUAUUACUCAUUAUACAAAUUGACCUUAUCGUAAACUUAUACACAGAAUGGAGGGACCCCAUCAGCAGACUUUUGACAUUGAAGGAGUUUCUGUUAUCGUGGAACGGAUUGCUGGGAUAUAUGGCUUCAAAAGAAAGUAAAAAACUGUUGAAGUACGUUCGUGAACAUUUAGAGAGGUUCCAAAUCGAUAAGAAAUCUAGUAAUGAAGUGAAAGAGCUAUUUAAAGAGCGAGAUGCGAAAGUGUUAAAAUACAAUAGAAUUGUGUCAAUUUUACUCACAUAUACAUUGCACAUCACAUGUGGUAUGGUGCCUUAUUUAAUGAUCCUCAUAUCGCUCUUAAAAUCACAUCUAAACGGCGAAAACUUCAAAAAUCUGCCUCAGAUCUUGCAUCUAUAUUUUCCCAAGGCUUUUGAUACAUCUCUGGUGUUUCAGUUGGUCUACCAAACCAGUGUCUAUGUGUGGUAUGGUCUGCUGCUUUACUAUUGGACAAUACUGGCCAAGGGUGUGUAUUUCAGUUUCACAUGUUUGAACACUGAAAUGAAACUGUUCUGCCACAAAAUGGAGAGGAUUGAUGAGGUGAAUAAUCAUCUCACUAAUGAGGAUGAAAAUGAAAAAAAUCUCAGAAUAUAUUUGAGGAAUAUUGUGUGUGAACAUCAAUCAAUUUGCAGAAACAUUGAACAUUUUGGAAAAAUCUCCAGCAAACCUUUGUUUGGCAUUAUCAAUUUGUACGGCUCACAAAUUUGUAUAUACUUGGCUUUCAUUACGUUGAUUGAAGACAUACACAUAAAAUUGCGAUAUAUUACACGUUAUCUCAUCACAUUUGCUUUCGUCUACUUCUCUGCAUCCAAUGGUCAGAACAUAACUGAUUUGGGAAGAAAAUUGAGACUAUCAUUGUUUGAAUGUUCAUGGGUGGAUAAGCCUGCCUGGUUCAGAAAAACGUUAUUAUUCAUGAACAUAAGGGCUUCAAAAGAUAUGUCAGUCAAGCCAUUUGGACUGUACGUCUUGGAUAUUGGCUGUAUUGUCACAGUCUGCAAAGGAACUUAUACCUAUUUAAAUUUCGCGAAGAAUAUGAUUGAUUGAAGUUAUUUAUUAUAGUUGAUUAUAUACAGCAAAGGUCUGCGAGGAAUUACUUUGAACAGUGUAUUGAAGUUGGAUAAUAAUUAUUUCAUUACCUACUUAUAAGUUGAGUUAUUAUUUAAAACUAUAACUAUAAAAAAAUUUGUCCAGUGGAAUGUUUUAACUGGAAAAUGUGAAAUUUAUGAGAUGUUUUUUACAUUUUUACUUGAAAAAUAUGUUAGAAUUAUGAAUUUGAUAUGAAUAGGGUAUUUGGUAUAAUGAGAUUACAAGUUUUUUAUUUGAAAUACAACUGAAUCAUUCAUUUAAAUGAUUUUCUCAAUUCUUAUCCCAAACCCUUUAAGAAGUGUGUUAUAGUACUCACCCAUUUAAAACUUUUUUUCA